AAUAAUCUUUGCUUGUGCGUGGGCAGCUUAACGGAAAUUAAGUUGACGCAGGGCCAAACGAUGCGCUGGCUGCUGCUGCUGUGUGUGCCGCUUUUGGUGGCAACUGUGUGCUUUGCACUGCCCAAAUCCAAUCAUACUGCGAGCUAUGAGCAGUCUACGCUGCGUAUACUUAAUGUUGCCUCGCAGCGUAUGCACAGCAUUUGGGAUAUGCAUAAGCGCAUGUUUUUGCAAUUGACUUCGAAAGGCAAAUCGCCACUGGGACCUGCGCCCACCAAGCAGGAUGUGGAUUUGGAAACCUACAAGCUGUUCUAUGAGCUGGCUGCCAACCUGAGCGUUGUGCCCGUCGAGCAGCUGCGCGAUGCAAAGCUGCAGCGACGCGUGCAGAGACUGUCGAAGCUGCAGCUGCGUGGCUUGCGCUUCAGCGACUACGAGCUGGCCAAGGAGCAGCUGCGCAGCAUGCAAACCUUUGUCAGUGGCCAGCUGGUCUGCACGCAUGAGGAGUGCACCUCACGCAAGCCGCUGGCCAUGUAUCCGCAUAUUUACAAUCAGAAUAUGCGCAGCAAGCGCUGGGAGGAGCUGCGUUUCAAUUGGUACACUUGGCGCAAUGCUAUCAACGACAAGGACACAGCACGGAAUACGUUUAUUGAGUAUGUGCGACUGCUGCGCGUUGCUGCCACCUACAAUGGCCAUGUGACGCCAUCGCGCACUUGGUAUUUGUACUACGAGACGGAGAACUUUCAAGCGGAAAUGGAAGCGGUUAUUUGGGAGAUAAUGCCGCUCUAUAGAGAGAUGCAUGCGUUCCUUAGACACGCUGCUAUGCAUAUGUAUCCCAAGGCGGAGAUCAAGGACGAUGGCGCCAUACCAGCGCCAGUUAUGGAUCAGAUGAUAUCGCAAGCUUGGUAUCCGCAUCAAAUCUUUCCAACGCCACAUCCGAAUGAUCAGCUGCCGUCGGUGCAUCAUCGCCUGGAGGAGGUGCUGGUUACGCCCGUUAAAAUCAAUAAGAAGGCCGCUGAGUUCUUUGAGUCGCUUGGGCUGAAUCAUAUGUCGGACAACUUCUUUGAGCGCUUUGCACGUCGCAUGGGCGAGGAUGAAGCUGGUGCGGACUGCAAGUCGCAGGUGUACUACUUCCCACCGGAGGUAGCGCUGCGCUACUGCCCCAAGCCCGACUAUAAGAAGCUUAUGCAAAUACACGGCUCCAUGGCCGAGCUGCAGUAUAAUGUCUACAAGCGUGAGCUGCCAUUCGGCUUGGACAUUGAGCCCUGUCCGGGCUUUGCCAGUGCGCUGGGCGAGACGGCGGUGCUGGCAUCGGGCACGCCGCGUCAUUUGCAUCGUCUGCACAUACUGCUCAACGAUAGUCUGACCGAGAAUCAGUCGCUCAAUCGUCUGUUCCGCAUGGGCGUGCAUACGCUGCUAGCAGUGCCGCAAUAUUUCAUCAAUGAUAGAUUCCUAGUCGAUGUCAUGGACGGACGCAUACGCACGCAGGACUUGAACUGCGCCUACUGGCGACUGCAGGAUAAAUACGCGGGCGUGCAGCCGCCCAUUUGGCGUACGAUGAAGGACUUUGAUAUGGACUACAGAUUCUAUCGCGGCUUGAAUCCAGAUCAAUCGAACACAAAAAAAUUUAUAUCGGAAAUACUGGGCUUUCAGUUCUAUCGCUCGUUUUGCCUGGCAAGCGGUCAGUAUAAGCCUGGCGAUGACAUUUAUCCUUUGCACAACUGCGACUUCUAUGACAGCAAGGAGGCGGGCAAGCUAAUGCGCGAAAUGAUGCAAUUGGGCGCCACCAAGCACUGGCGUGAUGUUAUGGAAAUGGCUACGGGUGAGCGCAAGUUAAGUGGACGCGGCAUUUUGGAAUACUUUGCGCCACUCUUCACUUGGCUAAAGGAACGCAAUCAGCAGCUGGAGAUUGAGCAUGGCUGGGAUGCUGAGGACAUGUGCCGCAAGGAAUAAAUUUAUAUAAUAAAUAAA